GGGCAGAGUCUCCAGUGUUCAGCUGUGUGUCUCUGAAGAGUGACUGGUCCAAAGGAAAUCCUCCAGACUUCAGUAAAGAACCUGGACCCUCACACACAGAGGAGAGGAAGAGGAGUCAUGUUUCUGAGGAGGAGCAGUCGUCCUGCUGUGCUUCGUGUCAGGACGUCCUGAAGGAUCCAGUCUCCACCAGCUGUGGUCACUGGUUCUGCAGACAGUGCAUCACCUCAUACUGGGAACAGUCUGGCUCUUCUGGAGACUCCUCCUGUCCCCAGUGUGCACAAAGAUCCAGAACAGGAGCUGGAGCAGAUCGUGGUCUGCAGGAGGUUUCAGAUGAACAUAAGCUCAGUGUGAGGAGGAGACGUGAACAUGUGACUGAAGGAAGUGAUGAAACAGGAAGUAGAACCCUCCUCAACAGGAUCUACACUGAGCUCUACAUCACAGAGGGACAGAGUGAAGAGGUUAAUACUCAACAUGAGGUGAGGCAGCUUGAGACGGCUUCCAAGAAGAAGAUCCUCCACGACACUCCCAUCAAGGUCCACAACAUCUUUAAAGCCUCCACUGACCAGCAGAGCAGCAUCAGAGUCGUCCUGACCAACGGCGUCGCUGGCGUUGGAAAAACCUUCUUGGUGCAGAAGUUCACUCUGGACUGGGCAGAGGGUUUAGAGAACCAGGAUGUGGGUCUGCUGGCUUUGCUUUUGUUCAGGGAGCUGAACCUGGUGAAGGACCAGCAGCACAGUCUUCUCACGCUGCUCCAUGUUUUCCAUCCAGCGUUACAGAAGCUCACGGCAGAGACGCUCGCUGUCUGUAAACCUUUGUUCAUCUUUGACGGCCUGGAUGAAAGCAGACCUUCUCUGGACUUCAACCACAGGGAGCUUGUGUCUGAGGUCACACAGAGGUCAUCAGUCAACAUGCUGCUGACAAACCUCAUCCGGGGGAAUCUGCUUCCCUCGGCUCUCGUCUGGAUAACCUCCAGACCUGCGGCGGCCAAUCAGAUCCCUCCUGCAUGUGUUGACAGGGUCACAGAAGUACGAGGCUUCACUGACGACCAGAAGGAGGAGUACUUCAGGAGGAGAUUCAGUGAUGAAGAGCUGUGCAGCAGAAUCAUCUCACACAUCAAGAUGUCCAGGAGCCUCCACAUCAUGUGUCAAAUCCCAGUCUUCUGCUGGAUCAGUGCUACAGUUCUGGAGCACAUGUUGACCACAGACCAGAGAGGAGAGCUGCCCAAGACCCUGACUGACCUGUACUCACACUUCCUGCUGGUUCAGACAAAGAGGAAGAACAACAAGUACGGUGAGGGACAUGAGACGAGUCCACAGCAGCUGACGGAGGCUGACAGGGACGUUCUCCUGAAGCUGGGGAGGCUGGCACUUAAACAUCUGAGGAAAGGAAACAUCAUGUUCUAUCAAGAAGACCUGGAGUGGUGUGGUCUUAAUGUCACAGAGGCCUCGGUGUACUCAGGAGUUUGUACUGAGAUCUUCAGGAGAGAGUGUGUGAUCUUCCAGAAAUCAGUCUACUGCUUUGUUCAUCUGAGCGUUCAGGAGUUUCUGGCUGCAGUCUACAUGUUCCACUGUUACACCAAGAGGAACACAGAAGAACUCAACAACUUCUUGGGAACAUAUGGGAACAGAUGGGGUAUCUUCUCCCUGGAUGACCUCCUGAAGAGAACCAUGAAGAAAUCCCUCACCAGUACAAAUGGUCAUCUGGACCUGUUUGUUCGCUUCCUUCACGGCCUCAGUCUGGAGUCCAACCAGAGAGUCUUAGGAGGCCGGCUGGGUCGGACCGAGAACAAUCCAAAUAUCAUCCAGAGAGUCAUCAACAACUUGAAGGAGAUGCAGAGUGAAGACAUUUCUCCUGACAGAAGCAUCAACAUCUUCCACUGUCUGACUGAGAUGAACGACCACUCAGUUCAUCAGCAGAUGAAACAGUUCCUGACGUCAGAGAACAAAUCAAAGGAGAAACUCUCUGAUAUCCACUGCUCAGCUCUGGCCUACAUGCUGCAGAUGUCAGAGGAGGUUCUGGAUGAGUUGGACCUGGAGAAGUUCAACACAUCAGACCAGGGUCGACAGAGACUGAUCCCAGCUGUGAGGAACUGCAGGAAGGCUCGGUGAGUCCAGACAUGAUCAAUAACAUGUUCAAUCAGUGGAGAUGAGUCGUUCUUCAAAUACACUCAGUGUUGAAUGAUUAUCAUUGUUUUGGGCAGCAUGGUGUUGCAGUGGUCAACACUGUUAGUGCAGCCUUUCUGUGAGGAGGAGGUUCUCCUGGUGUCUGCAGGGUUUUCUCUGGGUUCUCCAGCUUCCUCCACAAACCCAAAGACAUGUA